CUUCUUUUUCUCCCCAACAAGCCCCUCCCCAGCCGCCGACUUCCUCCUUGAAAAUUGGUGACAAAACUUGGAUAUUUUCCCCUCCUUGUUGUGCAAGAACAAGCUGUGGGACUUAGAACCCUCCCUCUAAAGUUGGAAAUUGCCAAUCUGCUCUGUUCUUCCUUCCCAUCGGCAAGCUAUUGUGGGUGUGUGGGUGUGAAAUUUUGGGUCUUUUCGGUAAGAAUUAGCCCUGAAACUCCUCUCUUUAACCUUGAUUGAUGUUGGGUUCACCCUAAUAUGGUUUGUUCUUCCAAUUUUGGGUUAAUUCCGUGAGUCCCCCUGUAGAAUUGCCACCGGCCUCUUCGCCCUGCCAGGUCCGGUUCUGCAGCUGGAAAAAUUCUGGAAUCUCGUGUUUCAAUUGGGAGGGAACAAUGAGGCUUUGGUUAGGUUCUUGAUUGUUCUAUCACCCCAGCACUUGGAGUGAAUUUUCUAUGUUAGGUGAUCGAGACCCGCGUGCCCUGCUCUUCCUCUCCCCCGACCCUCUGCAGCCGACGAACCCCCCAGCCACCGCCACCCAUUUUUCGGCCGGAAAUCCGGCAAAGUUUGGGGAUUUCUCCCUAUUUUCUUGUCUUAGAACACCUGUUGAACCCAGAAAAUCCCAGAUCUGCGUCUUCCUCCCUCUGCUGUCCGUCGGCUUCAACUUGUGGGUUUGAAAUUUCUGGGCAUUUUUCGCCGCGAGUUCCCCUGCAGAAUUUCUUCUUCUCUGCCGUCGGCUUCUCCCCCCCUGCUAGGCUCGGUUUUGCUUGCUAAAUUUUGGUAAGUUGUCGGCUUUUCCAAGCUUAAAAUUACCCAUUUAAUUGCUGGGUUUUGUCCAUUAGUUGAUGCUCUGUGUUGUCCAAAUCUGCUGGGAUAGGGGAUGAAUUUGGCAGCCAUUUUAAAUGUGUUUUGUGCUUAGUUUAUGUAGGAAUUUUGUUAAUUAGGCUGUUGUGAUGUUGUGUAGGAGUAAUCCCGUGACUUAGCCAUUGUUGGCCAAGGCCGUGGGUCUCCAUUGCUUGUCCGGGAAAUUGGAAUGAAUUUUGGUAGCUUUAAGCUAUGUUUUAAGUGUGGUUUAAGUAGAAAAUUAGCUUGUUAUGACUGUUGUGAGAUUUUGGAGAGAAACCCCGUGAAUUAGCUAUGUUUUGUUAAUUUUGGGAGUUGAAGUUACUGUUCACGAGGUACAGUUCACUGGGUACUGUUCAUAGGCACUGUUCACACACAGAGGGUUAACGAUUAACGGGAUUUAAAGGUUUUGAUCGUUCUGUCACCGUAGCACUUGGGUUA